CAUGGCGCGAGAGUGUUUGUAAAAUUUUUUUUACCGGGGCGUAAAAGCACGAUUUUAUUUAUUAAACACGUUAUGCCUAUUGUUUCAUUUUGCUUAUUAGUUGGUCUUAAAAAUGUUUACUUUAGUGGAAAUGAAAGACACUAUUCGAAUUCCUCCAUGGAAAUUUCGUAAGCCAUUGAAAGAUGCUAUUUCUGAUGAACUUCGUCUAAAGUUUGCUAAUAAAGUGGUAAUAGAUGUAGGGCUUUGUAUAGCUUUAUUUGAAAUUACAAAAUUGGAGGAAUCUUAUAUAUUUCCUGGUGAUGGAGCUUCACAUACAGGUGUGCACUUUAGUUACAUUGUAUUUCGGCCUUUUAUGAAUGAGGUUUUAGUUGGGAAAAUUCGUAGCUGUAGCAGAGAAGGGGUACAUGUUUCUCUAGGGUUUUUUGAUGAUAUUUUAAUUCCUCAAGAUGUCCUGCAGCAUCCUUCAAGAUUUGAUGAAAAAGAGCAACUCUGGGUUUGGGUUUUCAGUAAUGAAGAAAGUGGGGAAACACAUGACCUUUUUAUGGAUAGAGACGAGCCAAUAAGGUUCCGAGUAGUUGAUGGCACAUUUGUGGAUACUACACCAACCUGCCCUGAAAAUGAAGCCUCAGAAUCUGAAGAGAAAGAUAGAAGAGUUCCUUAUUCUUUAACUGGAGCUAUAAAUGAACCUGGUUUGGGAUUGCUAUCUUGGUGGAGUUAGAAACUUGAUCAUGGGUGAACAUACUUGUACAUAUACUAUUUUAUUGUACAUAUACUACUUGUAGAGGAAUGUUGGGCAAAGUGAAAUAGUUAAAAUGGCUGAGUGUUUUCAAAGUGAACAAAUUAGAGAUUUGUUUUGAAAAUUACAGUACAAGAAGAAAGAACAUUGUAUUUUGUAAUAAAACUUGUAUUGAAACAGUGAUUUUUAUUUUUGGGAGUCAAUGUGAACCUUCAAAAAAAAAAAAAAAAAAAAAGGUGGAAAAUUUUUACAUUUUUUUUAUGGGGCAAAGUGAAAAAUAAAAUAUUUUUCAAAUGAAAUAUUUUCCAUACGAUUAUAAAAAAUAUUUUUGAUCAAAUGAAUCAGUGAAUAAUAGAUUGAAUGAAUAAAUGAAAAGAUACUGAAACAAGAAACAAAUAAUUCAAUAAAUGAAUUAUAUAUGAAGAAAAAUAAAUAAGUGAGGUAAAAAAAAGGAAUGAGUAAGAAAAGAAAUGAAUAAAUAAGUGAAUUACUUAAUCAAAAACUGUAAAUGCAUUAACUAAUAAAUGAAUUUAUCAGUAAUUUAGUGAAUGGUUGAGCAACUAAACAAAAUAAAACUAUUUCACUUUGCCCCAUCCACUUUGCCCCGCAUGCACUUGACUAAUUGUACAAAAUAUUUAAAAUACAAAUAAGCUUAAUAUUGACUAAAUAAAUACUGCAUUGAAUGUUAGAAGGCCUCAAUUAAUAUUUAAAAUUUUAAUAACAAGAACUUUGUCAUUCUAUAAUAACAAAAAUACUUUUUGGUUUACAACAAAGUAAUACAACAUGAGUAUCAAUUUUUGAAAAUUGCCUGUCUUAUCAUGUGCUUUAAUCCUCAGUGGUAAUUUUCCCCCGACUAGAAUAGACCACAUGUGCAACUACAUAGUUAAAAUAUUACCAGAUAGGUGGCGCUAAAACCAGUAAUUGUUUCAGUUUCACUUUUGCCCCCACAUUCCUCUACUUGAUUUGCAAUGUUUGAAACAUAAAAUUUAACAUGAUCAGCACUAUUUUUAAUGUUUAUUAACACAUAUACAAGGCUUUCUUUUAAAUUUUUAUUUACAUUCAGUUAAAUAUUUUUAAAUACAUUGUGCUUUUGUUUACAUUCAAAGGAUAUUGCAUAACAUUAUCACAUUUGUGACUUGCUUCUUUCUUUACAGUGACUAGACUUGGGUCUGAUAAGCAUUUAUAAUAUAUACACAGAAGCAAUCCUGAAAACUAUAAUAAAUAUUUACAAUAACUAUACACUUAUGUAGAGCUUGCAAAAUCAUCCAUGCACUGAUACAUCUUAUUAAAUGGUUCUAUAUAAUUUUUUAUGUGUGUUUUUGAUGCUUGAAAAGAUCUUCAAAACAUCUAAUUGAAAACUCGAUGUCAUACAUAUUGUGAUUAUCUUUUUUUUUUUUUUUAAAUUGUUCGAUAGCUUGUACUUUAAAUUUUGUUAAAGUUGUCCUAUGAAUAUUUACCUGUCACAUACAUGUAUCUGUAUAUUUUUAGUAUUAAAUUGAAUGGUAGGUACAAAGAGGCAUUGUGUGGGUGAAAUAUAUUAUUUACUUAAACCUUCUUGAGGUCUUUUAGGAACAUAAUAUUCUUUAAACUAUUUUUUAAUGAUAAUAAUGAACAGUUGUUAUUAAAAAAAAAUUUUUUUUGAAAGAAAUACAAUAAAUUGUUAUUUCACAAAUCUGUAUAUUACGGAAGUUCUUCAUCUCUUUAAGAUGAACUGUACAGACAUAUAAUGUUUGUACCAAAGACAUAAUUCAAGAUGGAUGAAACCAGCUAUUUUGAGCACAGAGAAAAAGACAUUAAAUCAAAAAAAAACUUUUCUGCAGCAAUUGUUUGAAUCAAUUAUCUGUAAUGUUUUGACAAGUUCUGUUGUGUAACUUUGGUUCUUUUUCAUCAUGUUUAAGAAUAAAGAUUUUCUAAACUUUUUUUUUUUCAUACCUC